AUGGAUGCAGCACUACGAAUUCCUCAUUCGCAUCUUGAUAUUCGCGGUAUUAAGACGAUUGAGUAUCAUAACCAGCCCGUUAAUCCUAACACUAAAGUAAAAGCAGACGUUGUUGGAUCUGAUAAGGAUGUGGAGGCGUUUGCUGCUGCGGGGACGUUGCAAACGACCACAAAAUUCCACAUUGGUAAACAUGUUCGAGGCAAAAUCUCAACGAUGUCGUCACCGAUGAAGAUUCGAAGAUACAAAGAUUAUAUUGAAUACCAAGUGAUUACAAAGGAUCGAGGAGAGAUUUCCGCAUGCAUUCAAGAUACGGAAGGCUAUUUGGACGACUUAAGAAGCAAAACAGAGAAUGGGACAAGUGACCAAGUGUUGUACACAAAGAAUCCGUUCUUUGAAUGUUUCCGACCACUACAUGAAAUUUUUGACUUCUUGGACGUGUUAGUUGAGCAGAAUCCAGAGUUUAUUUCCAAGUUUGAAAAUGUGUCGGUCACAUACGAAGGACGAGCUAUUCCAGCUUUCAAAAUUUCUACCACGUCCGAAGAAGUGACAACUCCAAAGAAGACGCUCUACACACAGGCACUUAUUCAUGCUCGAGAGUGGCAGGCUGGAGCUGCUACACUCUACACAAUGGCGUCGAUGCUGGAUGACUUACGACUUGGAGACAAAGCUACGAUGAAUUUGUUUGACAAAUUUGACUGGUACUUUGUGCCAAUUGUGAAUAUUGACGGAUAUCAGUAUACGUGGAAAGUUGACAGGAUGUGGCGUACGAGUCGACACUUGGUACAACGGAACGGCCAGGACGUUGGCGUAGACUUGAAUAGGAACUGGCCGCCCGAGGAAUAUUUUAAUCUCGAUUCAAGUGAGGUUGAUCAAGAAACGUAUCCAGUGGAAUCUUGGAUAUGCAUACGUUUGGUGGUCAAGUGCUCCGUCCAUUUAGCAAUCAACCAGUUUAAUUUAACAGUGCCAGCGCUAACGAUUGAAGUGGAGGGCAAUGACUUUAUAUCACCACAAAGCUCAAUUCGCCCAGUUGGCGAGAACAUUAACUUGGGUUUGCGUCAAUUUGCACAGGAAGCGCUUGCGUAUAGUAAGUUUAUAGCUGAAUUAUAG